CAAUGGGAGAGCCCGACUCAGAUUUCAGCCCAUGGAGUCGGAGAGGAGGAAGGAAGCGAUUUAAUAAUGGAAGAAAAAAAAAAGAAAACUAGCGAGCGGUACAAGUUUAGUUGCGUCUUUGGCACACUGCUCAACCUCUAAUUUUCGCUAUGGGGUAAUUUAAGAGCACAUUUAGGUGCGAAAAUGAUCCUACGUAUAGGGAGGGAAGUUUCCUCUAGACGAGUUUAAGGAGAAACUCAUUUCUUCCCCCAUCCUUACCUUGAGUGGAAGAAUGGGGGCCGGAGCGCUGACCAUCUGUCACAAUGAGGCGGCAGUGCAGGUGAAGGAAGAUAUGAAGAAGAUGGUUCAGAUGCCCGUUCUGAGGUCAUGCUCGGUGGCAGCCAAGCAGACCAGGCUGUUCGGGGUGGCCCUCCCCGAGCUGCAGGAGAGGGGCCUGACUGAGGACGGUGUGCCCCUGGUAGUACGCAGGAUGGUGGAGUACCUGCGCAACCAUGCACUGCAGCAGGAGGGUUUGUUCCGGGUGAACGGCAGCGUGCGGGCCGUGGAGGCCCUCCGGCAGCGCCUGGAGAGCGACGAAGCCCCCGGUAUCGACAGUGACGUGGACACCUGCACGGUGGCCAGCCUGCUCAAAAGGUACCUGAGGGACCUCCCCCAAAGCCUGGUGGAGCCAGCAGUCCAAAAGGUGUUGGUGCACCUCUACCAAGAGUGCGGCGACGAAGUGUCCUGCUCAGCCCUGAGGGAGCAUCUGAAACAGCUACCGGGCGUCCACCUGAGCCUUCUGCGUUACCUGUGUCACUUCCUCACGUUGGUGGAGGGCAACCAUAAGGACAACCGCAUGAACGCCCACAACCUGGCCACAGUCUUCGGACCCAGCGUCUUCCACGUCACUCCCGGGUUCGAGGCCCUGAACGAGCAGAACAUCUGCAACAAGAUCCUAGUGCGGUUCAUUCAGAACUACAGCAGCGUAUUCGAAGAAGACACAAAAGACAGAGAAAAAGAAGAUCAAGAUGACGUCGUCCUGGUCAAGGUUGGGCAUAAUAAUACAGCACCUCUGUGCCAACUCAGAAGCAGCACACAUGUGAGGCCCAGGAAGAGGAAGGUGAGGAAAGCCAAGACUGAAGGGGGUGCCCCUCCAGAGCCCGCCUUCCCCGGGCACCCGGUAACAGUGCCUCUACCCCAUGACGUGGGGGCUCUCGGCAUACCAAUAGUGGUGCCUCUGAGAAGCGUCAGCCCCGCAGAGGUUACGAAGACACGUCAUGGGGACCCUGCCUGUUGCCAUGUCAACCUGGAUGUUAGUUGCUAUGGUCCACAGGAUGGCUGUUAUGCAACUGACGCAUUCUCAGAAGCGCCUUCGAAGCUGGGUGGGAGCGAGGAACGUCGCAAUGAGGUGCGAGGCGGUCAGGAAGAUGAGAGGCCAAUAUCUCCUUUCUACAUGAGCUCCCACUGCUCCCCUUUAAUUCGCUCACCCGAUGCCAUCAAAAUCCUGGAUAGGACCAUUCGUUCGACAGUAGAGCAGCACCUGUUUGAUGUCCAUCAUAUGUCCGACAGUGGGGAGGUGAUCCUACAGCGGCUCGUUUCGACAGCAAGGCAGAGACGACGCCACCGUAGAGAGCAGCAGGACGACUGCUCCGGAUAUGGAGACAAAAGCAGAACUGACACCAACAAGGAGAAUAUCCCAACAUUAGAAGCCAGGAGCGUCUGUGGUAGAAACUUGAGGGAGGACACAACCAUUGUUGGCGUUGACUCACAUGGUGGGCAGAGCACUCAGGUGGUGUGCCUGCCAAAAUCCAGGAGGGGGAAACACAAUCCGACCCUGGCACAGCUCAAACAGGACACCCACAGAGAAUCUGGUGCCAUGUCUGCAACCUUUGAGGGAACCAGGUCCAGCCACAUGGAGCCCUAUAAGAAAAGGAAAGACGCUUCAAGAAAAGAUGACCUUCCUUCCACUUCACAGACGCUAAGAAUGAAGAUCCAGGAGUCGUCCGUCGUGGCCUGCGGCGGCGGGGAGGUUUAUGAUCCUGAGCGGGACAAGGCGAGCUGUGAGGACAUGCCCCGCCUGGACAACAACUGGGGAGAACCGGUUCCGGCUUACUCCGCAUUACAACGCGAGAGCGCAGAGCGGGAGGAGGCCCGUCUUUCGCCACACGCCGGCGGGCGCCUCAUCCGACAGCUGCUGGAGGAGGGCAGCGACCCCAUGCUGUCCCCCCGCUUCUACGCCUACGGCCAGUCCCAGCAGUACUUGGACGACACAGAAGUGCCGCCGUCCCCGCCCAAUGCCCAUUCCUUCGUCAGUCGCAGGAGGAGCUCCUCUCUGGGCUCCUGCGAUGAUGACAAAGAGGAGCUGACCACCGUGCAGCUCACUAAGAGGAUCCACGGCCUAAAGAAGAAGAUUCACAGGUUUGAGGAGAGGUUCGAAGACGAGCGGAAAUACCGGCCUUCCCAUAGCGACAAAGCUGGAAACCCAGAGGUGCUGCGAUGGAUGAACGAACUGGCCAGGUUGCGCAAAGAACUCAAAGAACACAAGCUCAUGAAAUCCGAGGAGGACCUUCCGCCGUUGACGCGGCAACGUAGCAACACGCUGCCCAAGAGCUUCGGAUCACAGCUGGAGAAGAAACCCACCCAGGAGAAGGUGCCCAAGCCCCCCGUGGAGAGCACGCUAGAGGGCAUCCUUAAGAAGUUGCAGGAGAAGCGCCAGGAGGUCGACCGCCCCGAAGACAUCAAGGAUAUGACCAGAGAGCAGAUUGGAGCUGAGAAAUUGGCCCUUCAGAAAGCUCUCCUGUACUACGAAAGCAUCCACGGACGGCCUGUGACCAAGAGCGAGCGGCAAAUCAUGAAGCCGCUGUACGACAGGUACCGGCUGGUCAAGCAGAUCCUGUGCCGAGCCUCCACCAUCCCAGUCAUUUGCGGCGGCGGCGGCGGUGCUGCAACCUCCACGCCGGUUAACGACUACUUCUCAACGUCACCGCAGGGCUCGCCCUCCAGCAAGCGCCGAGGCCCGCUGCUGCAGCCCAUUAUCGAGGGCGUAACCGCGCUUUUCUUCGACGACACCAAGGAGGAAGAGGAAGGCUCCGAGGACGAUGCCGACCCCAAGACGCAGUUCUCGGUCACCGCUCGGCCUGACCUCAACGUGCUCAGCUUCCUCGGCCACGUGGAUGAGGAAGUGGACGGUUUUAUUUCCCCUGUGGAUGAACUGAUGCCCUCCAAGAAUGUCACCGACAUGCGCCUGUCCAACCUGCACUCCGCAAGCACAAAAGAGCUUGUGGAGCAGCUCCAGGAGGCCCGAGAGGAGAAGAAGCGAAUCCGCAAGAAUCUCAAAGAGUUUGAGGACCAAUUCUUUCGACAAAAUGGAAGGAACGUUCAGAAGGAGGACCGCUCGCCUCUCGCCGCCGAGUACAACGAGUAUAAGCACGUCAAAGCCAAACUGAAGCUACUCGAGGUGCUCAUCAGCAAAAGAGAGUCCACCAAGUUCAUAUGAGCAAAAUCUCAGACUUUGGUCCCAACAGUUUGGAUCAAGAUCUCCCAAGCGCUGCGUAGAACCCCAAAACUUCACCGCAAACUCUCACGCCUGUACUACUAAUUUAUUUGUGUCCGUUUUGCACCACGACGACCUUUCUCACCUUUUGCCAUAGAAGUCUUAAAGAAAUGAUACACGAAAAAUGCUAUUUUUUAAAAUGUCGCGAGGAAGAUGGCGGAGGAUAUUUUUGUACGGGAGACUUUAUAUUUGUUGGAGAUUUAACGUCUGAUCUGACCUCUGCUCGUAGGCAAACUGGUCUAUAUCCAGUUAUCUUAAAAUGAGUAUUAUGGGCCACAAUUAAAAUGGAAAAAUACAAUUCUAAAUAAAUUAAAUUAUUUAUGAAGUUGUAGGAUUACAAAUCAUCUGUAAUUUAUGGGGGCAAAAAAUUGAAAUGAAGUUGUAUUUUUUUUCUGAGAAAAAGACACAAUAAGACCCACAUUUUAGUGAGUAAAUAGGUGAUUUUUAUGAAAAAAAAAUUAUAUUUGUAAGACUUGAUGAAUAUUCAGCACGUAAUUUGUGUGAGGAAAACAAAUAUUGUGAUAAGAUAGUAAUUUAAAGGGGGGAAAUGUAAAAAUGAAAACCUUUUGCAAUGAUAAAUGAUAAUAUUGUCAUGCAAUGUAGUAUUUUUGCACAAAAAGGAGAAAAAAUCCAUAAGAUCUAGAUUUUAGUAAUCUAAUUACAGUGGGAAAAUAUUUGUAAUCUUUACCAAAAAAAAGGUGCGAGACCUACUGACAUUUAUAUUGCAGAAUUAAAAAUGAAUUUGCUUAAAUAAAGAAUAUUUUAAUAUUGCAUCCAUCCAUUUGCUGAGCCCCAUAUCCUCAUAAGGGUCGCGGGAUUUAAUAUUGCAAGCUGAAUUUAUAUUUAGCUGUGAAUAAAGUCACAAUAUGAUGAGAAAAAAUAAUUUGGGGAGAACACAAACUUAUACUACAAUUUUUUAAGUAACAAGAGUAUGUACUUCCACUUUUUUUUUUCAUAAAAAUGACAAUGUUGUGUAAAAUUGCAACUUUUGUUCCAUUGUCAUCGUACUGGUUUCCACUUGUUCCCACUAGAGUAUUCUGACUAUUAUUGUUGCUGUUUGUUGAAUAUCAUCUCUCAAUUUGCUUUAAUCUGAAUUCAAACCACAAUCUUCAUAUUUACUAUAAAAAGCAAAAAACUAAAAGCGGGCACAGUUUUUAUUGCCUCGCUUUUUUGUCUUUUUUUUUUUUUAUGUGGCCCAUAAUACUUGCAUAUAGUACAGUCCUAAGACUCACAAUGUGUAUUUCCUGAUCACUAGCAACAUCGGACUAGUAUGUUUGUUCAUUGUAGUCCACAAGUGUACAAAAAAAUUGGUGUGAAAAGAAAAAUAAUAAUAAAUGUCCAAAUGUUUUCCCUCCUGCUGUAAAUGUGGACAACGUAUGCAUAUGUUUACAUUUGUGUGAGCACGUACGUUUCUCCCAAAUGGACAUGGAUGAGUUGAUCUGUGUGAAUUACGUUUUUAUUGAACACGAGCACUGGCGAGGCUUCACACGUUGACAGUGUGUACAUUUUAGUACAUAUGCUGUAUUUGUAUCUUGUAAAUAAUAUGAAUGGAGAAAAAAAACAAAGAUAUUUUUACUGAC